UUGUGUUUUUCUUUCCAUAAUUUAUCUGUGUUUUUCUGUCUAAAAUAUAUAUUUUUUAUGGCAUCUUUCAUUUGAUAGAUUUGUCCAACUUUUAAAAUAAUACUAUAUAUUGUUAAUUCGAUCAAUAAUUAACUUAUUAUUAAUUAUUUUGUGAUUAUUUAAAUAUUUUAUUUAACAGUAAUUCAACUAUAAUCAAUUUUUUUUUUCCAUAAUGGUUUUAACAAGAGAAUAUCGUAUUCCAAUGCCACUGACCGUUGAAGAGUAUCGAGUUGGUCAAUUGUACAUGAUUGCACGACAUAGUAAUGAACAAUCAGAAGCAAACGAUGGUGUUGAAGUUGUUGAAAAUAAUGAGUGUGAUGAUCCAGUUUAUGGCAAGGGUCAGUUUACUGAAAAAAGAAUUCAUUUAUCAAGCAAACUGCCAUACUGGAUUCAAGCAAUUACACCAAGAGUAUUUUACAUUACUGAAAAAGCAUGGAAUUAUUAUCCAUUCACAAUAACUGAAUACACUUGUUCAUUUUUACCAAAAAUACAAAUAUCAAUUAAAACGAGAUAUGAGGAUAAUAAUGGUUCAACAGAAAAUUGUUUAGGUUUAAAACCAAUUGAAUUGAUACAACGUGAAGUUGAUUUUAUUGAUAUUGCAUAUGAUGAAUUGUCAGCAAAACAUUAUAAAGAAGAAGAAGAUCCAAAAUUUUUUCAAUCUAAAAAAACUGGUCGUGGACCACUUGUUGAAGGUUGGAAGACAACAACAAAACCAAUUAUGUGCUCUUAUAAAUUAGUUGAUGCAUCAUUUGAAGUUUGGGGUAUGCAAACAAGAGCUGAAGAUUUUAUUCAUAAGUGUAUACGUGAUAUUUUACUGCUUGGACAUCGACAAGCAUUCACAUGGAUCGAUGAAUGGUACGACAUGAGUAUUGAUGAUGUACGUAAAUAUGAAAAAAAAAUGCAUGCUGAAACAAAUGAAAAAAUGUUAUUGAAAAAUGAUAAUGAAUCAGUUCCAUCAUCACCAAAAUUAUCAACACCAACUGGUUCAAUUCCAUCAUCACCUAAAAGUCCAAAUGAUUCAGUUAAUAAAUCAUGGUUCACUUGGUCAUAACUAGAAUUAUUUAAUUAAUUCCAGAAUUAAUAAUUAACCUCAUGUUAAUGUCACAUGGAUUUGAAGAUUUAUAUUUUUAUCCACCAUUACAAAUAAUAAUAAAUCUAAAAUUUACAGUAAAAAUUAAAUUUAAUUGUAUUUUAAAUACAAGUAAU